CUCCUCCGCGUACGAUUCGCGAGUCGCAAUCCUACUCGGGUGCUGCCGUGCUCCCCUCUUCUCCAAGGAAACUCCGACUCGCGGACUCCACCCCUCCCCUCCGGCGGCGAGGCUCGCCGGACUAGCCAACCCAGGAUGGCCGCCAACUUCUGGGCUUCUUCGCACUCCAAGCAGCUGCUGGACCCGGAGGAGGUGGAUGUGGUUCCAGCGGCGGACCGCGAGCGGGGAAUCACCGCGGAGGAGUUCCGCCUCGUCAAGAUCCACAUGUCCUCCCAUAUUUGGCGGUUGGCGCAGCAGGUCAAAGUUAGACAAAGAGUCAUAGCUACUGCCAUCACUUACUUCAGGCGUGUCUACACAAGAAAAAGCAUGACUGAGUAUGAUCCACGUUUGGUAGCACCGGCUUGUUUAUAUUUGGCAUCAAAGGUAGAGGAGAGCACAGUGCAAGCAAGGCUUCUUGUCUUCUACAUAAAAAAGAUGUGUGGUUCUGAUGAUAAGUACCGAUUUGAAAUCAAGGAUAUCCUCGAAAUGGAAAUGAAGCUCCUGGAAGCACUCGAUUAUUAUUUGGUUGUUUACCAUCCAUAUCGUCCUCUUUUACAUUUAUUACAGGAUGCUGGCAUAACAGAUCUGACACAAUUUGCCUGGGGACUUGUCAAUGAUACUUAUAAGAUGGAUCUUAUUCUCAUAUACCCUCCCUAUAUGAUUGCAUUGGCCUGCAUAUACAUUGCAAGUGUUCUUAAAGAUAAGGACACAACUACGUGGUUUGAAGAACUCCGUGUUGAUAUGAACAUUGUUAAGAAUAUAUCAAUGGAAAUAUUGGACUUCUAUGAAACCUACAAGGUUGACCCUCAAAGAGGCCUCUCUGAGGACAAAAUCGCCCCGGUGAUGAACAAGUUGCCAGCAAAGGCCUAACACAGAUUUGGUGCCUAUUUCUAGCUAUGUCAGUACCGUCGUUUAACCACGUUGCAACAUGCAUGACUGGAGUUUGUGUCACCACAUUUGUAAAUUUGAAGGCCUGAUAUUGGAUGUGCUCCAGUGGAUCUGAUUGUGACGUAUUUCCAAAACAAAGAACCCUAUGAUGGGAAUAGUUUGGAUGUGCUUGUAAUAGUGCUUGACAUCUGUCUAUUGUACAUAAGUAGAAUAAUCUCAGUAUGUCUCUGCUUACUGAGAUGAAUUUAAAGUUCAACAAGUACCGAGUUUAUCUUCU